UUAUGUAUAUAAGCAGGUGGAUUUUGUUUGAAAUGUAGCAUUAUAAUGUGCGGGAUGUAUAUCGCGGUGUGCCUUGUGGCGUUCUUCGCCUGUUGCUAUGCGGCUCCAAAUAAAUAUAUAAUUGGUGGUGAAGUGGUUCAAGAUAUCAAAGCAGAGUUUCCCUAUCAAGUUUCGGUACAAUGGGGAGAUUUUGGUAGUUACUAUCAUAUGUGCGGUGGUGCAAUAAUUGGACCAAAGCACGUGCUCACUGCUAGACAUUGCUGUGAAAAAUACAAAAAGGAACAACUAUUUGUUGUAGUUAAUGAAGAUAAUGUAAUAAUAGAAAACAAAAAUGACAAAAAAUUGGUUGGAGUAAAUGAAAAAUUCUUCAACGAUGAAAUUAAUACAGGAGCAGUACCACCAGAAAAUGAGGAAGAGCAUGAUCUUUGUGUACUAGAAGUGAAAGAGGACUUAACAACAACUUUAGGUGGUGAGGUAAUAUCUAUGUCUGAUCCAGAUGAUCCCGACGAUCCAAUAAAUGAUCCAUUAAAAAAGUUCACAUUGACUGGCUGGGGUAUUACUUCUGAUUCAAGUGAAAUUAUGGGUGAUGCUCUAACAAAAGCUUCCGAAUUAAGCAUUUUAAAACGGAAACCAAAAAGUACAUUAUUUGAAGAUCAAGCUUAUGUAGUAAAAGAAGGCGAAGACACUGAUACUUGUGAAUAUGUAUUAACUCAUUUAGGAUUCAGUGCUGACUUGUUAAAAGACAAUCAAAUAUGCACUAAAACUAAAGACGAUACGACGAUACUUACAACAUGCAAAGGUGACUCAGGUGGACCAUUAGUAUAUUAUGAUCAAGAUCCUGAAAAACGUAUAUUAGAAGGUAUAGUUAGUUGGGGUAUCUACCCUUGUGGCAGAGCUGGAAUUCCUAAUAUUUAUACAAAGAUAGCACCAUAUAAGAAAAGUAUUGAUGCAAUUAUGCAAUAAUAAUAAUAAACAAUAACAAUAAAUAACAAUAAUAAACAAUUUAGCUAAUAAUAAAAGUAACAAAUAUAUUCGUUAUUGGAAAAAUUUACAAAGACUGUAAAAUACUUCCACAUGUUGUAACCAUAGAAUAAAAUCUAUAUAAAACUUA